UAAAGUUUCAGAGAUUUCUUGAUGUAUAUGUCAUAUUUUAGGGUAUGAAAAUUAAAAAAAAAUUAUUAUUAACAUUGAAGGAGAAUAAUUUUGCAUAAAUUUAAGUGUGCCUUGACAAAAUUGUGGAAAUUUAAACACGAAUCAGUGUUUAAAAGAUAUUUACUGUUGACUGGACUCAAUGCAUACCCAUCCAUUUUGCGAUCUUAAUUAUUUCGUCCCAGGAACCAGUCUAACGUAGUGUCGUCAUGGAGCUUGGAUAGCAACUGUCGACAGCAUCGUACAUUCUCAGCAGUCGGAGAUAUUGUGUUUGAUUACAUCUUCAGUUUUUUUCUAGACAUCUUUCAUUUGUUACAUAAUCUUCGGACAGGAAAAGAAAUCAUCAGUUUAAUCAACAUCUCCCAGACCGACGUAAUCAAAAGCCAAACAGCUAUACUUCGGAUUUAAAAACACAAGGACACUUGACAAGAUAACUUCAGGAAAGUAGAAAAAAAAGAAGCCAAAGAAAGAAAAAAGGAGCAAAAGCAGUUAAUAACAGGUGGUCUGGUGAAAGCUCUCAAAAUUGAAAAUCAAUUUUCUUAGAUUUGAAAUUCGGAUUCUACGAUAUUUAUAAAUAAAUAGGAGUUGAAGACUUAUCAAAAAUAGGUGUGAAGAAACAAAUUCGUAAACAAAGACUUGUUAUCUUAAUAGAAUUUCCCAUUAAGAUCAUGGAAAACAAAAACUCACGAAGCAUGUAAAGUGAAGAAUAAAUGCAAAUUUUGCAGAAUUUUGCUGAAUUUUUACUUGUUUAAUAAAAAGCAACACCAACAAAAACUGUAUUGUUAAUAUACAGUAAAGCAGUGCAAAGAGAGAGAAAAAAAGAAAGUAUAAAAAUAUUUAGAUACUGUUUCUGAGGCUUUGUAGGAUAAAAGAUUAUCCCAGUUUAUAAGCAAGUGUCAAAGAAGUUGUUGGUAUUUCUUGUAUGAGAAGAAAGACGAUCGUGGUUUCUGGUAUUCCGACAGAACUGAUUCAAGGUCAAGGACAAGAAAAGAGCAAGCAGAAUUGAAGAGUUUAGGCAAGAGAAAAAUAUAGAAAUCUGGUAACUGAUAAUGUCCUAUCACAGAAAAAGUGAUUUUGGAGUAAUUGAACAAGAUGUCGACAAUAACUUUGGUCCAACCGCUACUUUUGACCUUGAUGAUUAUCCUGAUGAAGGGCUUAGCAGACAACGGAGUCGAGACUCCGAGAGUUCCAUCUCCUCAACGGGCUCGCGUUCGGUGCGUAGUGCGAGUAUCGCCGUGGCGUCACAACCAACGGCAUCAGGACUGUCGUUCAUCCUGGACAUGGAGAAAGAGGAAGCCAUUGAUUACUCGAACAGUCUACACGAUGAUAUUGAGAAACUGUUUGAUAAAACACCGGAGCUGACAAUUAGUGACUUGAUAUCAAGUAGUAAUGCUGAAUGUUUGCCGUCAGAACGUGGACUGGUACCCGAGCUUACAGUGCACUCGGCUAGUGACCGGGUACUGGAGGAGUAUGAUAUAUCAAGUCAUCGACGAUCUUCUUUCCCGCAUAUUCAUGUCCCGCUAAAAUCAUUACACAGUCACUCUGUAAAAAACUUUGCUACGUACAUGAACGACGAAGUUCAAAAAGAGAAACAGAAGAAAAAAAGAAGGAAGAAAAAGGAGAAAAGUAAACAUCCAAAAAAGAAAUCCAAGUCUAUUAUUUUCCCAUCAAAGUCAGCACUUUUGUCACCAUCCAUUCCAGAAGUGGAGAAAGAAGAGUAUUCGGCAUAUUCCUCUGAGUCCGGUAAUUCAAGUUCUGGUGAUGAGGACGAUGAUGUGUUAGACAGUCAGAAAAAUUCAGCCAAUCAUGCAGUUCACAGCGAGGAAAAUGUUGACGAAACAACCAAGCUUCUGAUCGAUCUAGAGGAAAGCGAUCAUGAUAUCAUAGAUGGACGACCGCUGUCAGUGGUGUUGCACAUAGACGAACCAGUAAAAACACCAGAUGUUGAGAAUAAUUUGAAAGUUCCGUGGACAAUUGGUGAAGAAACCAAGUCUUCAGCAGGCAGUUUUAAACCAGGAUUGUUUUAUAUAGGCGAAUCUGACUCAGUAGACCAUGUGGAAGGCUCAGAUCUCCAGGAUAAAGUCCCAGUGUCUGCGGCUACGUCAGAGAGCGAUUUGAGUUUCGCGUCCAGACCUAUACCGGUCACAACCGCCCAGGGUAUACAGAAUCUUCCUGCAAGUGCUCCCGUAGUUGUGGUCCUGAAUGAUGAUGACAAACCGAUGGUUUCUACAUCUAUAAGAGAGGCUACCAGAGAUACACCUAUCCAUGUGCUUGAUAGAGGCACUGAGGACCCAUCAAGAGUAAAGUUUUUGUUAGGAGACACUGAAUCUGAAGAGGCUGAUUUACACAGGAAGGGAAAGUUCCGAGACAGUGAUGACGACGAUGAUGAUGACGAUGAUGACAGUAGCGACAGUGAUGACACGGAGAGGGGAUCUGUUAACAGCGAGGACACGCAAGAGAGAAGUGAUAAUGAAAAUGUCUGGCAGCUGGCUGAGGAAACCAAAAUUCAUAAAAGAUCACACUCGGAAAAAUCUAGACACAAGCAUAAGAAGCAUCACCACCAUCAUCGUGAGAAUUACGGCACCGAGGAUUUAUUACGACGACGACAAAGAGGAAGUGAGGUACAUAUUGCAGACGCUCUCAAACGUGUUCCCACGGAAACGGAGGAAGCCAUCACGCUUCAAUCUGCAGAUCUCGAUGAGAUGGCUAGUCACAGAAUGGAAAAUCUCCAGGGUUACCACAAACAUAAGAUCGGACGUAAGAAGAAGCACAAGACCCUUUCUUCUGUGAUAUAUGUGGGCAAGUCAGACAAGUCAAAACGGAAAUAUUUCAAGCCGGAGGUCAAGAAGUACGAUCACACUCCUCAUGAGGUGUUUGUUGAAUUGGAUGAGUUGAACGUAGUUGACGAUCAUGAGGUAGAAUGGAGGGAGAAAGCUCGUUGGAUCAAGUUUGAGGAAGACGUUGAAGAAGGAGCGGAGAGAUGGGGCAAGCCUCAUGUAGCCUCGCUUUCAUUUCACAGUCUACUUGAGCUCAGAAAAGGCUUGGAACAAGGAUCAUUAAUAUUAGAUCUCGAGGCCCCAGAUUUGAUCACUAUAGCUCACCGUGUUGUUGACAACAUGGUGAUUAGGGAUCAAAUCUCAGCUGAUGUCAAAGGUCAUGUGAUGCGGACACUUCUUACAAAGCACAAAUUUGUCGGAUCGGACAACAUAAAGUCACUGAUACGUCGCAACAUAUCAUCCAUGGACCUCGCACGUUUAGAAGAGAGACAUCAGCGUGAGCAGUCGUCGUUAAUGAAGACGUUUUCCCAGGCGAGCUUCGCCCAGGUUGCCUCGGCAACAAAUAUACCCGCGCUGUCUCACAACAGCCACACAACGAACAACCGAAAUUCGUUACCAUCAAACGGGAGUUAUUCUCGAUCGCUCUCGGUGCCCAACGAGACCGGCAGUAAUCAUCGAAUAAGCAACCAUCGGCUCAGUGAAAGCAGUCAACAUGCAGCGAAGAAAGACAAGAAGAAGAAAACUCAACAAAGUGUUGGCGAGCCCGGAAAACUUGAAUUGGUGAAAAUGGAUAUUGAUAAUAACAUGAAGGUAGAAGAUGGUGUUCAUAUCGGGCUCAUACCAAAGGACGCAUACAAAGAAGAUCCCAAGGACACGAAAUCGGACCAGAAGAUGAGUUUAAUGAGGAGAAUUCCACGUGAUGCCGAGGCCUGUACUGUACUCGUUGGUUGUGUUGAUUACCUUGAGAAACCAGCUAUGGCGUUUGUGAGAUUGGCUGAAAAACAGGUUUUAGACAACUUGACCGAGGUACCGUUACCAGUGAGAUUUGUGUUUAUAUUACUGGGACCUGAGGACUCUAGCAUGGAUUAUCAUGAAGUUGGUCGUUCUAUAUCUACUCUGAUGUCUAACCAGCACUUCCAUGACAUCGCAUACAAAGCAGAGUCCAGGUCAGAGAUUUUACAUGCCAUUAACGAGUUCUUAAAUGAAUCAAUAGUGCUGCCCCCUGGUGACUGGGACCAGAAGACAUUACUGCCGGUGAUGGAUAUGGCAAGAAAAAGGGCCAAAAUACGUAGAAAAAAGCAGAAAAAGAAAGAAGAGUUAGAAGCUCUGAUAAAGAAAGAGGAGAUAUACAAGAUACCUAUGGAUCCAUUAAAGCGCACUGGACGACCAUUUGGUGGUUUAAUUAACGACGUACGACGAAGAUACCAACAUUACGCCAGUGAUUUUAAAGACGGCAUUAAUCUGCAGUGCAUGAUGGCGUUGAUAUUUAUUUUCUUUGCCUGUCUCUGUCCGUGUAUAGCCUUCGGUGGUUUAUAUGGUGAGAAGACAUAUGGGAAGAUAGGUGUUGUAGAAACUAUUAUAGCAACUUCGGUAACUAACGUGAUAUUUGGACUGUUCUCUGGUCAACCUCUGAUAUUAUAUGGUGCAACAGGACCCGUUUUAGUCUUCGAAAAACAUCUUUAUAGUUUUUGUAAAGAUUAUCAUAUAGAUUUUCUAACAUGGCGUGUAUGGAUUGGAUUUUGGGUAUUUGUAAUAACGUUGCUGGUGUUGGCAGCCGAGGGUAGCUUUAUUGUACGAUAUAUUACACGUUUUACAGAGGAAGUCUUUGCCAUUUUGAUCUCACUUAUUUUCAUAAAUGAAGUUAUACAGAAACUUAUAGAGAUAUACGAGGAGCACCCACUCAGGGGAAAAGCAUAUUACUGUGAUAAUGGAGAUAACAAAACUUCGGAUUUAGAAAAUGUGACAAAAGUUGUACAAAAUUUGAGUGUGACUACAGUUGUUCCACUGAUACAAAUAUUAAGUAACGGUUCAAAAAGUAUUUUAUCAACCAGUAUGUAUAGCACGAAAACUGCAUAUGCGGAGGAAAAGAACCACUACGAACAUGGGAAAACUCAUUAUAGUAAAAAUUUGAACGAGCCAAACACGGCCCUAUUAUCAACGAUUCUUAUCUUCGGGACAUUCCUGAUCGCCUAUUUUCUCAGGAUUUUUAGAAAUAGCCGAUUUCUUGGAAGAAGUGCACGUAGAGCACUUGGAGAUUUUGGUAUAUUUACAGCAAUAGUAUUGAUGGUUCUGUUUGAUUUUAUAUGUGCUGAUACUUAUACACAGAAACUGUAUAUUCCUCAAAUAUUCAAACAUUCAGAUGCAACUUUAAGUAAUUGGCUGGUAAACCCAUUGGGUGAUAAAGAGCCAAUACAAGUCUGGCUGAUAUUUGUGGCAGCUAUCCCAGCAUUCCUUAUUUUCCUGUUACUAUUUUUAGAACUUCAGCUCACACAGAUGUUGCUUCACAAGAAUGAGUUUAAACUAAAGAAAGGUUCUGGAUUCCAUUUAGACCAGUUUAUACUGGGCAUAGUGAUAUUCUUUUGUGCAUUGUUUGGGUUACCAUGGAUGUGCCCGGCAACGGUCCGGUCAGUUGCUCACGUUUCUGCUUUAGCUGUUAUGAGCAGAACCCAUGCGCCUGGUGAAAAACCAAAGCUUCUAGGGGUCAAAGAUCAACGUGUCACAAAUAUUGUCAUGAAUCUUCUAAUAGGUUCAACGAUUGCGUGGGGUGCAGUGUUACGUGCAGUACCUAUGGCAGUAUUAUUUGGGGUGUUCCUAUAUUUAGGUGUCUCAGCAAUUAGUGGUGUUCAACUUUUUAAGAGAUUAAAACUCUUGUUCAUGCCUGUUAAACAUCAUCCAGGCAAAAGUUAUGUGAGAAGGGUACGAACUUUAAAGAUGCAUGCCUUCACUGUUAUACAGAUAUUUUUAGUAGUUUUACUAUGGAUUGUAAAGUCUACGUUAUUAGCUAUCGCCUUCCCACUGUUUGUAAUAAUGAUGGUGCCACUUCGUCUAAAAAUCUUGCCUAAAUUCUUCACUCACCAAGAAUUGGAAGUGUUGGACAAGGAGGAGGAAGAUUCUGAAGAUGAAGAAGAUGAUGAUCCUGAUUUCUACCAACUUGCUCACAUGCCCAUAUAAGGAAAUACCAACUGGAUUAUAUGGCCAUAUAAGGAAAUUUCAGCUAAAGUUUAUGACCAUAUAAGGAAAUACCAAGUGGAUUUUAUGCCCAUAUAAGGAAAUUUCAACUUAAGUUUAUGACCAUUUAAGGAAAAACCAAGUGGAUUUUAUGCAUGCCCAUAUAAGGAAAUACCAAUUGAAUUUUAUGCCCAUAUAAGGAAAUACCAGGAGGAUUUCAAGCCCAUAUUAUGAAAUUUAUUUUGUAUGAAAUGUGGUAUGCAGGUGCUCUUUGUGCCCAUAUUAAUGAGAUACCAACUGUAUUAUCUUUUAUGAUAAUGGAAAUACCAACCAUAUAAGGAAAUACUAACUGGAUUAUGUGCCAGAAUGUUGAAAUAUCAACUUUGCUCAUUUGCUGAUAAAAGGAAUUACCUAGUGUGAUAAUUCAUAUAGAAGGGAGAUGUCUUCAUAUGCAGUUUGAUGAAAAAUAACUCAUGUAAUCAUUGGAAUUUAUACCAACUUCACUUUGAGAUGACAGUUGUUUUAUAUGCAUAGAAAAAGAAAUUUCAACUGGAUUAUAUGUCUGUGUAAGGAAAAAGGAAUUAGAUUUUGAAUUAUCGGCUGGAUCAUAUAAUACAUUCAUAUAAGAAAAAAACAGUUUGAUUAUAUGCCUAUGAAAGGAAAUACCAACAGGAUUAUAUGCCUGUUUAAGGAACUACCAACUGGCUUAUAUGCCUGUUAAUGGAACUACCAACUGGAUUAUAUGCCUGUUAAAGAAAAUACCAAAAGGAUUAUAUGCCUGUUUAAGGAACUACCAACUGGCUUAUAUGCCUGUUAAAGGAACUACCAACUGGAUUAUAUGCCUGUUAAAGGAACUACCAACUGGAUUAUAUGCCUGUUUAAGGAACUACCAACUGGCUUAUAUGCCUGUUUAAGGAACUACCAACUGGAUUAUAUGCCUGUUAAAGGAACUACCAACUGGAUUAUAUGCCUAUGGAAGGAAAUAUGAACUGGGUUAUAUGCCUGUUUAAGGAAAUAUGAACUGGAUUGUAUACCUUGUGUAGAAAAUACCAACUAGAUUAUAUACCUGUUGGAGGAAGUACCAACUGUGUUAUAUGCCUGUGUAUGGACUGUAUGCCCAAAUAUUGCUGUGUAUUUAUAUGGCUCCGUCUGGAAAUACCAUAUAAUAUAGUUUGUGUUUUAUAUUAUAUUGAGUUAUAUGUUUUAAUAUUCCUUCACUUACUAAGGUAUAUGUGUGUGUAAAAACCAACUUCCAGGGGGAAUUUCUACAAACAAGGUGGUAAUCACAAAAUAGGAGAAGAAAAAGUAUAUUUUAUUGGAUAUAGUGAUACAGUUAUGAAAUAUGUUAAUUUUUCCUAUGCAAGAACAUAUUAACCAAUUGCACCCAUUUUAAGGAAAUAUUGCAUAGUUUAUAUACAACUGUAAAGGUAUUGGAAAAAAAAGGAAAGAACCCUGAAAUUAUAUUGUGUGUGUGUAUGAGUGAGGAAUUUAUUCAAGAAAAAUAAAAGAUAUUUUACAGAACUUGGAUAAUAUUGGAAAACAGUUACAGAACUUGGAUAAUAUUGGAAAACAGGUUUAUUUUUUCAUUGACAAAUUUUUAUCGGUUAGUUUUAUUGGCUGGUCCAUAACCAGUCAAUUUUUAUUGUCAGUCAAUUUUUAUUGGCUGUUGCGUAACCAGUCUGCUGAUAUCAGCAACCAUUAAAUAUCGUUCUUUUGCAGGAAUUAUUCAGGGUAGAAAAUAGAAAUAUCAUAGUUUUAAGUUCAAUAAUAGAUUAAACCAGUGAAAAUAGUUUAAAAUUAGGAUUUGUUUGUCUUGUUGUUUGUUUUUUUUAAUGGUAGAAAAGGUGAAUAUAUUGUAAUCCAUUUAACAAGUGCCAAUUUUAUGCGGGGUAAUGUGAGAAAGAAAUGUGCUGUUGAAGACAUUCUUGAAAGACAUGUUGGUUUGCUUAUUAAACAUUUUGUAAAAUUACAAAUGAAAAAGAUACAAAAAAGGAGAUUGUUAUAUUUGUAUGAGAAGUGUAAAAAUAAAUUAUAUUUUAAAUGUUAAAAUACAGCAAACCAACAUUUUUUUAAAGGACUGUCUUGAAACUUAAGAUUUACAUCCAGAAUUGUGCCAAGGCAUUGAUGUCUCUUUUUACAAAUGUUGCUCUGGUAACCAACUGUUUCAACAUGUUUAUUAUGCUAGUUUGUUAAUUUUUUGGUGCAACUUGACCUUUGACCUAUUUAAGAUGUAUUUGACCUUUGACCUAUCUUAGAUGUAUAUAUAUUAAUUUAUUUACACUGCUGCUGUCCUGCAACAGAUAAAUAAAAUGUAAAAUAAAGUUUUAUUAUUUACACAAUUGAAAUUUACAUAUAAAUCGGCUUUACACAAAGUGAUAGCAUGUUUAUGCAUUGCAUAAUUUUUGUCAUUGCAUAUUUGUAAAUAAUUACACAUUAUGCUUUUUUAUGUAGAAAUAUCCAAAUACAAAUGUAUACAGAACAUUCCCGAAAAGAAGAAAAAAAAUGACACUAUUUAUAGAAAACUUGACUGGUUUGCAAUUUGUACAAAACUGGAUGGAGAACAAUUUCAAUUUUUUAGACAUAUUUCAUGAUAAUUUGCAAACCAGUCUCAUUUUUUUUUUUUUAUUGACUGGAACUAUAAUAUUAGUCUUAAUUAAAUUAAGGCUUGGCUGAUUAAAUAGAUGGAAGCCCUCAUCCCAACCUUAAAAACAUUUUAUGGUGAACUUACCAGUUUAGUUACUGUUAUUUUUUUCCAAUAAUGAAUGUUUAAAAAAAACAAAGUUUGAGUGAUUAAAAAUGCAUUUAAGAUGGACAAUUUAUCAGUUAUUACUUUUUGUUUAGAAAAUGAGAUCUGAUUUACAAGUGCUGGUUUACUUGAAUGAAGGUUCUUUAUUGUGACAUAACUUAUUUAUUAUGAGACAUUAUUAGAAAAAAUAACACUUAUACUAAAUCAUAGAUUGUUUUAAAAGAAUAAUUUUGUGUAACGUAAAUAUUACUCUAUUACUUUCUUGAACCUUCAAAUUACUUGUUGCCAAGAUAAUGGUAUUGUUUUAAACUGUGCAUUGUUGUUGUUUUUAACAAUCUUAGUGUUCGGUGUUGAUAUAUAAAUAAGCUAUUUGAUAUUGAAAUAAUCUGUGAAUAAAAGCGUUAUAUUUGCUCAAUAUAAAUAGCUCUCUGCAUAUUUUUAAAAUUCAAAUAUUUUUUUGUCUUAGUGUGUUGAUAGCAAUUGAAGGAGAUAUUUUUAUAGACUAGCCCAUAAUGCAUUUGAUCAGUGUUGAAGAGUGUUGAAAAUGAUAAAUUAUGAUUAAUAAUGCUUUUAUAAUAAUUCUGAUUAUUCCAUUGAACUUUUGGUCAGAAAAUAUGAAAAUGCCUUGUAGGAGGGUAAGCCAAAGAAAUGUCUAUCAUAUGAGAAGGUAUACAGGUUAUAAGUGGGUGUAUGCUUUAAAGUGAGAAUUUGUUUUUAAACAUAUGCAACUUACAUAUAAAUAUGUCUUUAUAAACAUGAAUCCUGCCAGGGACUUUGGAUUCUUUUAUGUAAGGAAGCUAUCCAGCUAGCUUACGGAACGUCGAUGGUUCUACACAAGUGCCUGCUGGUGCUUAAACUAAUGCACGGAAGGGCACUUGAGGUCUUCCUGCACCAGUAGAGCUGGAACAUUGCCAUCAUGACCUAUACAGUGUUGGUGUGCCAUAAAACCCAACGCAAAAUAAAUGUCUUUAAAGUGUGUUUCUCUUAUAAGCGAGUAAGUCUUUAUAAGUAGUUGUGAGAUAUGAGUAAGAUUUAUAAAGGAGUUGAUCAUGCAAACAAUCAAAAUGAAAAUUUGAGGACAGAAAUGUUUUUAUUUUACACUUAGCUAGCUGGCAGCAACAUAUUAUAUCCAUGCAAUCAGUGCAGACCAAUAUUAGCUGGUAAAUAUGUGCCAUUGAUUCAUGGUCUGCACUGUUUGCUUUUUAGUCCAGUACAUAUUUUGAAAAAUUUCCCUUAACAAAAUAUGAAUGGUUUAGUCCAGAUUGAAAGAUGGGCAAGUUCAUUUAAGAUAUUUAGGGUUACAGAGGUUAAUUUUCUCAUAAAAAAUUGACAUUAUAUAAUAAUUAUAAUAAUAUCUACAUUUUUAGCGAUAUAUACAAAUCAAAUGCAUUAUGGGCCUUUAAUAUAAUUAUGUAAAAAAAAAAAUUGUAUGUUUUAUUUCUAUGAAAUAUGGUAUGUCUCCAAAGAUGUGGCACUGUUUAGCUUUAUCUCAGAAAUCUACAUAUUUUAUGUCUCUGUGCAUUUAGUAUGAGUUUUUAUUUAAUGUUAUACAUGUAUUUAGGGAAAAUUAUUGCUAAGGGCGAACUGUUUUGUUUUUUCUUGGGGUUUAUUUAUUGACAUCCCCUGAUUAAUUUGUGUAAAACAAAAAUUUGUGUAAAAACUAAAAUUUGUGUAAAACUGAAAUUUGUGUAAAACAAAAAUUUGUGUUAAUAUUUUAAUUAUUUAUAUUCUUUGAAAAAAAAUCCAUAGAUUUAUUUGUGUAGUUAUCUAUAGUGAAUCCUUUACUGAAUGAUGCUGAUAAUUAUUUGAUGUUAAGUUUAAAGGGAGAUAACUUAUUCAUUGAAAAAAUACAACUUGUUAAUCCAGAAUUUUUACAUUUAUUUUUAAAGAGAAUUGUGAUCAAGGAAUGUUUAUUGUUAUUCAAACAACAUAUCUUUAAUAAUCCAGAAAUAGUCCAUGUUAUUAUGUUAAUUGUUCUUAUUUUUUUAGUUAAUUUUUAAAGUGGAUUGGUCUGUAACAGAGGGCCUGUAAAUACAAUAAAUAACUACAUUGAUAAAGUUAUUUGGUGGGAUAUAUAGCUUUAGCUAUGACUAAGAAAUGAACUUUUUAGGUGCAAUAAUUUUUGGUGUAAUUUUUAAAUUGGCUGUCUACACAGCACAGUAUCGACUUUCCUUUAAAAUAAAUAUUGCAGUGUGUAAAAGAUAAUAUUUGGGUUAGUAAAGAUGUUGUUUUGGGGUAAGUAAAUAUAAAAAUGGGGUAAUAAAAGGUGAUUUAUAGUUAUUGAAAGUGUUAUUUCUGGAAAAGGGAAAUAAUAUUUAGGUAAAUCUUGAUUAUUAUUUGUCUUUUUGAUAAAAAGUAAGAAUGGUAUUUUUGUUAAGUUUCAGGUAAAAAUAUUGUAUUUUAUUUGGACCCCCUUGGGUCAAGGUCACUGUUACUAAAAAUAGAAAAAUGGUUUCUGGACAAUAUCUAGAGUUAGGAAUGAGAUAUUUUAAGGCAUACUUAAAUAUGUAUUGGCUAGAGUGUACUAUGAGUUUGUGAUAACGAAUAAUUUAGGUAAAAUAUUUAUGUAUUUUUUUAUUACUAAGGAAUAUAAAAGUAAUAAAUGUGUGUGUUCAAGAAACCAUACUCUAUUUAUUAUGUUUAUUAAUUCAGGGUUUUAAUUGUGCUAAAAUUUAAAUUUACUGGGUAAUAUUUGUAUAGACUAGUUUUCAAAAGGAUGAUAUUUUCCACAUUAGUUCCGUAUUGGAACACCUAUUGGUUAUACAUAUAAGAAUUGUUGGUUUUCUCUGUUUGGUAAAGGCAAUAGUUGUCUAGCUAUUGGGUAAAAAUAGAACAGAAAUUUUUAGUUUUAUUGUUGGGAAAAAAAAUGAAUUUUUUUGUCUUUCUAUUGGGUAAAAAAAAGAAAAAUGAUGGUCUCACUUAUCAUAUAAAUAGGAAAAUAACGGGUUUUCUAUUUGUAAAACCUAGGACUUCAUUUAGAAAUAGUAAAUUUUUGUCUUACUAUUGGGUAAACAUAGGAAAUUUUUGGUUUUAUGAUUGGUUAAAAUCAGUAAAUUUUUAUCUUACUUUUGGUAAAAAUAGUAAAAUUUGGUCUUACUUUUGGGUAAAAAUAGUAAAUUUUGAUAUUACUAUUGGGUAAAAAUUGUAAAUUUUGGUCUUACUUUUGGGUAAAAAUAGUAAAUUUUGGUCUUACUAUUGGGUAAGAAUAGUAAAUUUUGGUCUUACUAUUGGGUAAGAAUAGUAAAUUUUGGUCUUACUAUUGGGUAAGAAUAGUAAAUUUUGGUCUUACUAUUGGGUAAGAGUAGUAAAUUUUGGUCUUACUAUUGGGUAAGAGUAGUAAAUUUUGGUCUUACUAUUGGGUAAGAAUAGUAAAUUUUGGUCUUACUAUUGGGUAAGAGUAGUAAAUUUUGGUCUUACUAUUGGGUAGAAAUAGAAAUUUAUGAGAGUAUGAUACUGGGUAAAAGAAUAGAAGCAUAAUGAAUUUUAGGGUAAUGUUUGUAUUGAACUGGCAUAGUCAAAAAAAGGAUUCUUAAUCAGGGUGUACUAGUAUUAGGUGUAAAGUAAUUGCACUGAAUCAAAAGAAAUAAAAAUGUCUCCUGUAACUGUAAAUUGUAUACUUUACAAAUUAUUUAUUAUUUUGAAUUUAAAUUAUGGGAGUUAUGUUGAUGAACAUCACUGAAUUUGUAUUCUAUGAAGAAAAUAACAUAGAAAUAAUUUUUGUAUUUAUUAAAUUGACCAAACCAUUUUCAUUGUUAGGACAUGUAUAUAGUUUUAUUUAUUCACGGUCAUUUUAUAUUUAUGCUGCUAGUUUUGUGUAAUAAAAAAGUUGUUUUUAUGUUUACAACAAGUGUGCUACAUUAUAUUAUUCACUUUCAAGUUGCUUAAUUCUUAUCUAUUGUUUGUUCCAUGUUUGUCUUGUAUAAAAUUGGGAUUGUAACUUUUUGGACACAAAAAAAGGGAGUAGAAAUGAACCAUGAUUUUAGCAUAUAUGGUUGAAAUUGUUUUUAUAUAGAAAUCCUAAAUAGGAGUGUAAAAUUAUUUUGAGCAUCUCUGUUAUUGAUUAAGCCUUCCACUGCUGAAACUAAAAGUGACUAGCCUUAGUUGAAACAUAUUUAGUUUUGCUCGAGCGCGAAAUAAGUUCUUGCAACUUAUGUUAAUCACUUUUGAGUCAGUUUCCUGAAAUUAACCUGGAACUAACCAGAACUGGUGUCAUAAGAGGAAACAUUGUGGUGACCUAAGUAGAGCUCGAACCCAUGAUCCUUGGGUUGAGAGCGAGACACCUUAACUGCUAGGCCACCCAUCUUCUCCCUGACUAGCCAAUAAUGUGCCAUCAGUGUAGAACCAGGUCAGCAUGCACAUCCAUGUUGUCAGUCACUUGUGGAGAAAAAUGCUGGCUAGCCAUCCAGUAGUGAUGGUAAAUCGGAUCAUCCGCGAAGAUAUGUCUAAAAAAUGUGUUUAAAAUCUGCAUUAAAAAAACAUAACAAAGAGUGUAAAGGUCAUGUGUUUCUCAAGUUUCAGGCUGUCAAAUGACAUGCUCUCAAAAUAAAAAUUUAGAACAACUUUACUGUCCCUACAGACUUCUUAAAGUAUUUUUCGUAUUUCGUUUUGUGCCAAAAAGUUACAAUUCCACAAUCCAUUGUUUUUGUCACAUUUUUAUGUCAUCUUUUGAAAAAUAAUCCAGAGACUUUUGUUGACACAAAUAUUAUCCACUUAAUAAUCCAGAUGUUACCAAACUUUACAUCAUUUUGUUUUUUAUCUCAACUUUUCUCCAUAUUUUUUUAUUAUAUCAUUUUAUCCAUACCAAAACUGUGUUUUUGUUUUUUAGAAAAUGAAUAUUUUAUUUAAAAUGUUUUAUUAUUAAAAAGAAACCGAUGUUUGAACUGUGUUUCCUCGUUGUGUUUUCCUGCACUAUAUAUAAAUUCUAGACUCCUCUCCAGGAUAAAAUUAACUCAAAGUUGCAUUGAGGGGAAAGAAAGAAAAUUGCAGACAAGAAGUUGAUUACUCCCUUUUGAUACUUUCUUGUGCUUGAAAUACAAAAUAUUUUUCUCUUGAAAGUUUUGUAGUUAAUUUAUAUGUUGCACUAUCUGUGUGAGCAAUUUUUGUUUCUGUUUCAUUUAAAUGCGCAUUAAGUUUCAGAAAUCAAACAUAUAUUUUAAUAGUUUUUCUCCAUUAGAAUGUAAAAACAUGUGUUUCAUAAUGUUUGUAUAAUGGAUUUAGAAUGCAUUAUAGGCUUAUUACUGGAAUAAAAAAUCACUAAAUGUGAAAAAUUGCACAAAACAUAGCAAAACAUAAUUAAAGUUGUAUGUUAACUCUCAAACAAAAUACUAAUUAGCUAGAACUGUACCAUUUGCAACAAAGAAAAGAUGGUUCAGCUAUGCAGCAAAUCAGUACUGUGUCAGAAAUUAUAAAGGGGAACCAAAAAUAGAAAAGUUUUUGAGGUGAUUUUGAGACUUAAUGUGCCUUUAAACAUUAGUUUGUGUUUACACUAAACUUUAUCUAAAUGUAUUGAUUUAUGUUGCAUUGAUUUUGUCAUUUUUUGUCUUUUAACGACUUUGUGUGUAGAUAUUUCUCCUCUGAAAAUUGAAAAAGGACGCCAUGUCGCAAUUUUCAAAUAUUAUAUAUAUUAGGUAUAAACUGGAGUAUGUGCCAUUUAAUAUUAUAAAUGUUGCUCAAAUAUAAAUAUCCUAUUACAUUAUGUGUAAUUUUUUAAUUUCUUGUAACAUCCAUUGAUUUUGGAUUAGAAAAUGUAAAGUUUUUACUCAUUUUUGGUCUCUUUUUGUGUGUCCAGUCUUGAUUUUUAGCUCGGCUUUUUUGUACAAAAAUCUAAUUGUUAUACAUGGCCUCUUAUUGCUAGUCCCAAAUUAUAGAGGUUUAAAAGAUGAUAGUUUUUCGUCAUCGUAAAUUUCUUCCACAGUGGAGACGGGAAACAAACAUUUUUUUACCUGAAAUGCUGAAAAUGCUUUAAAAACAUUGUAUGAAUAUAGAUUAUAUGCUAUUUUUAGAUUUGAUGCUAUUUUUAUAUUUGAUUGCUAUUUUUAGAAUUGAAGAGGCUACUUAAAAGGAGUGGGUAAGCUGUUAAAUAGCUAUUGAUGAUAUUUUGUUUUCCAUCAAAUUAAUGACAUCAAAAUAACUGUUAAUUCUUAAUCUGCUGGUACCAAAAGAUUAUUAGCCUUGGGCCACCAUAAUAGAGCCAGGCCAGCCUGUGUAUCCUUGUAGUCUGACCAGUCUCCAUAUUGUUGGCUGACCAUUUGCAAAAAUUUUUAUCUUUAUAUGCCUUAAAUUGAUAAUGUGAGUUAUCAAAAUGGGAGCUUGACAAGUGCAUUCAAGAAUUAUGGCAGGUUAUGAGUUAAUAUAUUGACAUGCUAGUAACAAUAAAAACAUGUGUAUACCAUCAAUGUUAAGUUCAGUCAAAAUUCCCAGGAACUUCUCGCUGUUCUUAAUCAUAAAGUCAUGAAAAGCUUGCAUUAUUUUAGGGCUAUUAUUUUUCGAGGAUAAAAAUAUUGGCCAUUCUUUUUGCUUAGCCAGUAUGAGUACUGUUCUUUUUUGGUUUUUUGAUUCUUAAAUUUCUUAAAAUCACAGCAAAAAUCGAAAGUUUAAGUAGGUGGCAAAUUUAGCGGAAUGAAGGUUAAUUUGUUGGUUUUUUUUGCCACACUGAUGUCAGAAAUCACGUUGAGGUUCUAUAGUAUGAUAAUUGUACAUGUUCAGUUGACAAGUCUCAAUUUUUUCAAUGAUUAUAUAUGUUUCUCAUUGAUUUGGGCUUAUCAGUAAAAUGCUUUUUUUUCUUUAUUCUGAUAUUAUUUGUAAGUACUUUGGACUAGUGUAAGACAUUAAUAGAUUUGUGACAAUACAUAUGUAUAUUUACAUGUCAUAUCAAAUUCCUAGGUGUUUUUUAAAUCUUAAUUAUAUAAUUGUGUAUGUUGUCUUUUUUUCCUUUUACUUAGAUUAUUAUGUUACUUUUUUUCUCUAUUUUUACUUGCAGGAAAUACGGUUUGUUGUCACAUAGGCUUGUUAUAACAUAGGGCAUAAAAAUUGUAUAUUGAUUUAAGUUGUUUUAAACAUUAUAAGGAGCUUUUUUAUAUAUACAUGUAAAUGAAUAAAAAAUCUUAAGUUUUUUUUUCAGUUUUCGAGAUACAGAUCUAUUUUUAGAAAGUCAAUUAAUCUUUAUCCUGCUCAUGUUUACAUAAGGCCCCUUAUUGUAUAAAACAGGAUAAUGUUUGCAUAAGGUCCCAUAUUGUAUAAUAUAGGAUAAUGUUAGCAUAAGGUCCCAUAUUGUAUAAUACAGGAUAAUGUUAGCAUAAAAGUCCCUCAUUGUAUAAUACAGGAUAAUGUUAGCAUAAGGUCCUUUAUUGUAUAAUAUAGGAUAAUGUUAGCAUAAGGUCCCAUAUUGUAUAAUAUAGGAUAAUGUGAGCAUAAGAUCCCUUAUUGUAUAAUACAGGAUAAUGUUAGCAUAAGGUCCCAUAUUGUAUAAUAUCGGAUAAUGUGAGCAUAAAAGUCCCUCAUUGUAUAAUAUAGGAUAAUGUUAGCAUAAAAGUCCCUCAUUGUAUAAUAUAGGAUAAUGUUAGCAUAAGGUCCCAUAUUGUAUAAUAUAGGAUAAUGUUAGCAUAAAAGUCCCUCAUUGUAUAAUAUAGGAUAAUGUUAGCAUAAAAGUCCCUCAUUGUAUAAUAAUAUUGGGAAAAAAGUUUAGUCACUCAAUGAUUAAUGUAACAGAAAUUGUUUACACAAGAUAACAAGAUAGGCAAAUAUAAACAUCUUAUGUAAUAUUUACUUGAUCAUCAUCAUGUUAAGAUGUGUUGUAAUGUAACAUGCAAAUAAUUCACGUUUUUGUCCAAGGAAUGUUACUGAAAUAAGCAAAAAGUCUUUAUGAUAUCUGCAAUAUUUUGGUGAAACAAUGUUUGAAUUUUACCUUGUACUUUUAAUAACAUUAAGUGUAAUAACAUGAACAUAGCAUAUUCACAUGUGUAAUAACAUGUAUUCACAUGUGUAAUAACAAAAAAAAUUAAAGUCACAUGUGUAAUAACAUAAUUUCAGAAUGUCACAUGUGUAAUAACAUAAUUUCAGAAUGUCACAUGUGUAAUAACAUAAUUUCAGAAUGUCACAUGUGUAAUAACAUAAUUUUAGAAUAUAUACACAUGUGUAAUAACAUAAUUUUAGAAUAUAUACACAUGUGUAAUAACAUAAUUUUAGAAUGUAUUUACAUGUGUAAUAACAUAAUUUUAGAAUGUAUUUACAUGUGUAAUAACAUAAUUUUAAAAUAUUUUCACAUGUGUAAUAACAUAAUUGUAUAAUGUUACUGCUUCUUAUACCAUGGUUAUUUAAAUGUUUUCCAUCCUAAUAACUUAAAUAUACAUGUAACCUGUUAUUACAUAUUAACAUAAUGUUUACAUGUAUAUAAAUGAUAUAGCCAUAUGUUAAAACAUAAAAUAACAUGAUCUUUUUUAAACGUGUUAGCUAUUUGUAAUAACAUAAUUAUAAGUUAUUAUAUAACCUUUACUUUGCUGGAACCAAAAAUGAUUUGCCUUAAGUUUAAACAUAUAUAUUUAAGCUCGAUUGCAAAACAGGUACUUGCAACUUACAUUAAUCACUUGCGAGUAAUCACAUGCGAGUCCGCUUCCUGGAACCAACCUGUACCAGUAUUAUAUGAAGAAACAUGGUCGUAACCCAGGUAGGGCUCAAACCCAUGAUCCCUAUGUUGAGAGCCAGACUUGAUUUGCCUUUGCCACCAGUAAAUAACCAAACGCAAUACUGUAGACUGGCUACCUUUAAAUUUUCUUCUUGAUAUCGCCAAAAUUGAUAAUGGACAUAGUCCAACAAUUUAGAAAAAAUGGAAGUUGGACAAGUUUAGUUAAGAUAAAUAACAGGUUAAAAGUUGCACAUGUAAAAACCCAAACAAAAAGACAUCAUGUUUUGUUGCAUAGUUCAUGUUAUUUUCACUUUUCAGAACACAAUAACAUUAUUUGUAACAUGUUGGCUUUUUGUAAUAACAUGAUUAUUAUAAUAUAUUUACGCAUGUAAUUCCAAUAUAAUAAACUUGUGUUUACAUGUGUAAUAACAUAAAUAUGACAUGUUUACCACAUGCAAUAACAUGCUUUAAGUGUGUAAUAACAUAUUUAUAACAUGUUCACACAUGUAAUAACAUAAUAUAUUGCAUAUUUACAAUGCAAUAACACCCAUAUUGUACAUUUAUUUUUCUGUCUGCUGUGAUACAACAAUGGUAAUCCGUUAUUUUAUGAUGCAUUGUUACUCCGAUAAUAAAAACUGUACAAAGUU